UCUCCACACUCCGAGAAGAAACAUGAAUCGGUUUUUUUAAGACUAAAACUAUUCUCUCUCUCUCUCCCCCUUUUCUUCAAAGAAGGAAGAGGAACAAACCCCACAACAGCUGAAAAUUCACAAGAAACAGAGCAAAGUUUGGAUUCAUCUUCUCCUCCUCGUGAGAUAGAUAGAUAAUCGGAUUCAGGAAAAGUGAAGAAGCGAAAGAGAGAAGAAGAAAAAGAAGGUCGGAUGGGAGUGGAUUACUACAAGGUCCUCCAAGUCGAUCGCAGCGCCAGCGACGAUGAUCUUAAGAAAGCUUACAGAAAACUCGCCAUGAAAUGGCAUCCCGACAAAAAUCCUAAUAACAAAAAGGACGCUGAGGCUAAGUUCAAGCAGAUCUCCGAAGCUUACGAGGUUCUAAGCGAUCCACAGAAGAAAGCGGUAUACGAUCAGUAUGGUGAGGAAGGGUUGAAAGGGAACGUGCCACCUCCAGAUGCUGGUGGAGCCACUUACUUCUCCACCGGGGACGGUCCAACGUCCUUCCGGUUCAACCCUCGAAGUGCAGACGAUAUAUUUGCUGAGUUCUUUGGGUUCUCAAGCCCAUUUGGUGGCGGCGCUGGCGGCGGCGGCAGAGGUACAAGAUUCUCUAGCAGUAUGUUUGGUGAUGACAUAUUUGCCUCUUUCGGUGAAGGAGGAGGAGCUGGUGGCGGGUCAAUGCAUCAGCAUCACGGUGGAGUCAGGAAGGCGGCUCCUAUCGAAAACAAGUUGCCUUGUAGCCUUGAAGAUCUUUACAAAGGAACCACCAAAAAGAUGAGGAUCUCCAGGGAGAUUGCUGAUGUCAGCGGCAAGACGAUGCAGGUGGAAGAGAUUUUAACCAUUGAUGUGAAGCCAGGGUGGAAGAAAGGCACAAAAAUCACAUUCCCCGAGAAAGGGAACGAGCAACCUGGUGUGACUCCAGCCGAUUUAGUCUUCAUCAUCGACGAGAAGCCUCACCCAGUUUUCACUAGAGAAGGCAACGACCUGAUAGUCACACAGAAGAUCUCACUUGUUGAGGCGUUGACCGGCUAUACAGUGAACCUGACAACGCUCGAUGGUCGGAGACUGACAAUCCCUGUUACCAGCGUGAUACACCCUGAGUACGAGGAAGUGGUUCCAAAGGAAGGAAUGCCGUUACAGAAAGAUCAGACCAAAAGAGGAAACUUGAGGAUCAAGUUCAACAUCAAGUUCCCCACAAGAUUGACCUCAGAGCAGAAGACAGGAGUGAAGAAGCUUCUCGGAUAGAUUUGAGUUGUACAUUCGGGGGAUAAAACACAAUGUGGAGCAGAAGAGGAAGGUGAAGAGUAAAGCUUCUCAAUACUGUUGUGUCCUUUUUCGUCGAUUUUGUAACAUAAGAACACGAUUGAAUUACUCGUAAUAAAAUUGUGUUGCUUUUUUCUAUAAUAAUCGAAACGACUUUAAACC